AAAUCUCUGUUUCGAAUGUGGAGUUUGCGGGAGAUUUAAUCAUUUUGGUACAAAUCAACUAUACCUUAAUUUGUAACCUUCUUGUUAUUUGAUAAAACUGAUCAAUGAGAUCUUCCUAAUUCAAACUAUGCUUGUCUGGUUGGCCUGCAGUUCUUUUGGACUAAUUUUUGACCUAAGGAUACUAUUCUGAUUGAAAUAUAAUUUGUUUGUUGACUAUUAAAUCCUAAAUAAUAAUGAAAAUGCGUGACCGUCAUUCUGCCGAAGAUAGUGUUGGUUUAUCAACCGUUUUUGGUUGUUCUACACGUGAACUUCAGGGACUUAUGCAGUUGCGUGGAGCCGAGGCUGUUGAGGUUAUCAACAAAAGAUUUGGUGGAGCUUCUGGGCUGUGUCAGCGUCUUAAAACGUCUCCAACUGAAGGUUUAUCAAGUCAUGAUUUGGCUAAACGUCGUGAAGUCUUCGGGACCAAUGUAAUUCCACCAACACCUCCAAAAAGUUUUUUCCAACUUAUGUGGGAAGCUUUACAAGAUGUAACUUUGAUUGUUUUAAUGGUGGCAGCAGGUGUAUCACUUCUAUUGGCAUUAUACUCAAAAUAUUUUGGUGGUGAUCAUAGUUCCGGUGAUGAGAGUGAAGGGGAAGUUAGUUGGAUCGAAGGUGUUGCUAUACUAUGCGCUGUUGUAGUUGUAGUUUUAGUGACGGCAACAAAUGAUUGGCAAAAAGAAAGACAAUUUCGUGGUUUACAAGAUAAAAUUGAAUCAGAUCAUAAAAUGUCUGUUUUACGAGAUGGUGAUAUUACAGAAGUACUAGUUGGUGAUAUUGUUGUUGGUGAUAUAUGUUUAGUAAAAUAUGGUGAUUUAUUACCCGCUGAUGGAGUAAUUCUUCAAAGUAAUGAUUUAAAAGUUGAUGAAAGCUCAUUAACUGGUGAACCAGAUCAAGUGAAGAAAGGUGAAAAUGUUGAUCCAAUGUUGUUAUCAGGUACACAUGUUAUGGAAGGUUCGGGUAAAAUGGUUGUUACAGCUGUUGGAGUGAAUUCACAAGCUGGUAUAAUAUUUACAUUAUUAGGUGCAACUGAAGGAGACGGUUCAACAGCUGCUCCUCCACCUCCAAUUGAUUUAGCUAAUGCAAAUGAAAUGACACCAAUUGAAGGACGUACAAAUCAAUCACAACAUUACGAUACAGACGGAAAACAACAACAUGGAAAAUAUAUCAGUCCUAAUGGUAAUCGACAUUCAAUAAAAGGCAGUGGCCAUGUUGCUUUCAGUGGUACAUCUGAACUUGUGGGACCAGGUAAAAAUAAAUUGGCAGCCACAGCUGAUCGUAUUGAAAAUCAUCAACAAGAUAAUUUAAAUCAACGUAAUAGUUUAGGUAGUGGAGAUGCAGAGGUUACUGAAGAUAGCAGUGAUGCACCCAAAGGUCGUAAACGUAGAAAGAAAAAGUAUUCAGUGCUUCAAGCCAAGUUAACUCGUUUAGCUAGUUUGAUUGGACAACUGGGUACUGUUGUGGCCAGUUUAACAGUAAUCAUAUUGAUUGUAAAAUUUUCUGUGAAUACAUUUUAUUUUAACAAAGAACAAUGGGAUACAGGCAGACAUUUACAUCAAUUUGUACAGUUUAUUAUUAUUGGUGUAACUGUACUUGUAGUUGCUGUGCCUGAAGGACUUCCAUUAGCUGUCACUAUUUCAUUAGCUUAUUCUGUUAAGAAAAUGAUGAAGGACAAUAAUCUUGUACGACAUUUGGAUGCAUGUGAAACAAUGGGCAAUGCAACAGCUAUUUGUUCUGAUAAAACAGGCACUUUAACAACAAAUCGUAUGACAGUUGUUCAAUGUUAUUUCGGUGACAAACUAACUCGAGAUGUAGAUCAACUACCAAAAUUGAAAGAUUUAAAUCAUAGAAUUGGGCACAGAUUUGUGCAUGCAGUUGCAAUCAAUAGUAGUUAUACAUCACGUGUGACUAUUCCAGACAAACCAAAUGAGCUACCACAACAACUUGGGAAUAAAACUGAAUGUGCUUUGCUUGGAUUUGUACGUCAUUUAGGCGUAAACUAUGAGGAUAUCCGAGAACGCUGGCCACAAGAAAGUUUAGUGAAAGUAUUCACAUUUAAUUCUUUACGAAAAUCAAUGAGUACAGUGAUUAAAAGCUUGGAACCUGACAGGCCAGGCUAUACUGUAUUUACUAAAGGUGCUUCUGAAAUGGUUUUGAAAAAAUGUAGCUUUAUCCUAGAUGUUAAUGGUGAACCUAAACCAUUCACUAAAGCUCAACAAGAUAAUUUAGUUCGAGAUGUCAUUGAACAAAUGGCUGGUGAUGGAUUACGUACUAUAGGUAUUGCAUACAAAAGUUAUAUAGAUCCUGCUGUUGGAUUACUUCCAAAUGAGGUUCCUUUAAAUCGUGGACAGACACCUGACUUUGAUGAUGAAGAUGCUAUCGUCUCUGAUUUAACUUGUAUUGGAAUAGUUGGAAUUGAAGAUCCUGUUCGACCAGAGGUUCCUGCAGCUAUACGAAAAUGUCAACGUGCUGGGAUCACUGUACGCAUGGUAACCGGUGAUAAUGUUAACACAGCAAGAUCGAUAGCUGCUAAAUGUGGAAUUCUUAAACCAGGUGAUAAUUAUAUUGUGUUAGAAGGAAAAGAAUUCAAUGCUCGUGUUCGUGAUCCACGUACAAAUCGUGUAAGACAAGAUUUAAUGGAUCAGGUAUGGCCACAGUUAAGAGUUCUUGCACGUUCGUCACCACAAGAUAAAUAUACUUUAGUAAGUGGAAUUAUAGAUAGUCAUAUUUCAACUCGUCGUGAAGUUGUCGCUGUCACUGGAGACGGUACAAAUGAUGGACCUGCACUAAAGAAAGCUGAUGUUGGUUUUGCUAUGGGUAUAGCAGGAACAGAUGUUGCAAAAGAAGCUUCAGAUAUCAUAUUGACAGAUGAUAAUUUCACAAGUAUUGUUAAAGCUGUUAUGUGGGGAAGAAAUGUGUACGAUUCUAUUUCAAAGUUUCUUCAAUUUCAAUUAACAGUUAACAUGGUGGCCAUUAUAGUUGCAUUUGUCGGUGCAUGUCUUAUAACUGAUAGUCCAUUAAAAGCUGUCCAAAUGUUAUGGGUCAAUUUAAUCAUGGAUACUUUAGCUUCGUUAGCCUUGGCAACUGAAAUACCCACAGAAGAGUUACUUGAACGGGCACCAUAUGGUAGAACAAAGCCUAUCAUCAAUCGUAAUAUGAUUAAAAAUAUCCUUGGACAGUCUAUUUACCAACUAAGUGUUAUUUUCUUCCUUAUAUGGUUUGGUGAAUUACUGUUAGAUGUGGAAAAUGGUCGUGGUUUAACUGCUAAAGGUAUAAACCGUCCAACAGAACAUUUUACUGUGAUAUUCAAUUCAUUUGUUAUGAUGACAUUGUUCAAUGAAAUUAAUGCGAGAAAAAUACAUGGACAACGAAAUAUUUUCGCUGGAUUAACUAACAAUUUAUUGUUUGUUAUCAUUUGGAUUUCAACAUUUUUACUACAAGUUAUCAUUAUCCAAUUUGGUGGAUAUGCAUUUAGUACAAAACCAUUAGCUUUAGAACAUUGGUUAUGGUGUUUAUUUUUUGGCAUAGGUACUCUACUUUGGGGUCAGGUUAUUAUUUCAAUACCAGUAUGGAUAAUUCCAAAGAGAAGACGUAAACUAGCUAAAACACGACGUCUGACAUUGAUUGCAACACAAGAUGUAUUAGGAGUAGAAACAGAUGGUUUAGUUAGUCAAGAUUUUGCACAUCCACAGCUUGCAGAUGGCACUGUGGUUCAUCGUGCAAGUACAGGAUUUGUUAGUAAGGCAGCAAAUGCAGUUGCUCGUGGUUUUGGUGCCAUUUAUACACAACCUGAAGGUGAAGAAGAAGAAGACGAUGAAGAGGACGACGAAGAAGACGACGAGGAAGAUGAAGAUCGGGGAGAUAAAGUUGGUGCAGAUCUACGUAAGACUGGUCAAAUAUUAUGGAUUCGUGGCUUAUCAAGAUUACAAACACAGUCCGCACGUAAACCGAAUUUAGAUAAUCGCACAGAUGAAUGGAUUGGAAGUGUUAGGCGCUUUACAUUAAGUCAAAUUAAUACUGAAGGUAUGACACAUCCCUUAGUUUUAGCAGCUCGUCGUCAAAGUACAUCAGUUAACCGAGGUGGGUCCAUUAGUGUUUCUGGUAAUCUCCGUCAUACAACGCCACAAGAGGUUCCUGAAGAAGAUGAAGAACAUGAAUACGAUGAAGGCUUAGAUAAAAAAUAACUCUCUUUCAUCACAUUUGACUGAUAUUCUUCUUUUGGGUUAAUUUUCUUCUGAAAAAAUUAGAUAUUAUACAUAUAUAUAAACAAGAGUAUUUAUCAUCCGGUUUAAUAUAUAAAAGCAUAAAAUUAAACAAGUCUUUUUGCCAAAGGUAGGUUGAAAAUCAGAUCGGAUGCUUAUAUUUACUAAGUUAUAGCUUAAAAAGACUUCAAAACAAGUGACAAUCAAAAUGAAAGUGUUUUUUUUCUAAUAGUCAAUAUCAAAUAGACUCAAAUAAUUUACAUGCAUUCAGUACAAUUUCUUGAACAUAUUGUUAUUUUCUCAUCUUUAAAUUUUGCAUUUUUCGAGUACCGAACACAUUAAAAUUGUUUUCAUCAAUAAUUUACUGGUUUUGACUUUUUGAAUCCCUUUCCAAUUUCACUCUUAACAUACAAAUGAUACGCAUAUAUGUUCAUAACAUAUGGGUUUAGAAAGAACAUAUUUACAUAUAAUUUGUAUUCGUUUAGUUUAAUUAAUUAUAACAAAACAAAUUAAUCACCUAUGAUGUGUAAUAUUAUAAUUCAUAAUUAUAACUAUCAAUUCUAUGAUAAACUAUAAUAGUUCUCAUUGUUUUUUUUUCUGUCUUUAUUAUACGAAUCACGACUACUUCAUAAUUAUAUUCUUACAGUUAUUGGCAUAAUUAUGUUUACUGCCAUUAUACAUUUUAUUAAUCCAGCUUAUUCUUCAGCAUUUAAGUAUGAUUUGAAAAUAAAUAAUGGACAUUAUAGCAUACAAUCAUUAUGGAAUUAUUCCAUUUACAACUUGAUAAUACUGUCCUACUUGUUCUUUUCAAGAAAAAAAUUUUUGAGAAAGAUUUAUUUACAUUGAAUAUAUAUAGACAUAUAUACUCAUAUUACAUUCAAUGAAACAAACAAAAAUACUUACUAGUCAGUGAAUUAAAUUUAAUUUAGUAUAUUAUCAUUCCUUUGAUUUUAGCAUUU